AUGUCGUGGCCACCUCUCCAGGAACGUCUGCUAUCUCUCCUUGAACCAGGAUACCUCCUCUACGCCAGCGCAUACGCUUUCAUCACCACCGCAUUCAAUUUCUACGUCUUGGGAUUCAACGUCCCCUCGAGGUCCAACUUCAAGAAAGUCCGCGAUGACGCCUUUUCCGACUUCUGGACCAAAGCCACUGGUAAGUUUGUUCGAGAGUAUUACAGCUGGAGGGACCUCCCUUCUUACCCACCGCUUUCUCCAGCACCGGUCGAAAACCCACCCCCUCUAAAGGGGUCAGCGACACUGGUUCCCCCGCUCCUGUCCCGCGCCCGUGGCGUCGUUCUAGAUAUCGGACCAGGAUCCGGUACCCACGUGGCAUUGUUCUCGGACAACGCCAACAUCAGCGCCAUCUACGGAGCGGAGCCCACGACAGGACUGCACAAGCCGCUACAGCUUCGGAUCGACGAAGCCAGACUCACGGGCAAAUACCACAUUCUGAGCUCCACGGCAGACAAGGCCGAGCUGUUACCAGCCCUGGCGAAGGCCGGGGUUCAAGUCUCGCCAAAGGGCAUCUUCGACACGAUUGUCUGCGUACGGGUUCUGUGCUCGGUGCCGAAUCUCGAGGAGACGGUCCGGGAUUUCCACUCCCUUCUGCGCCCGGGCGGCGAGCUCAUGGUCGUCGAACACAUCAGGAAUCCGUGGACGACGACGGGCAGCAUCUUGGGCCGUCUGAUGCAAAUCGUCUACCAUUUCUUGGGAUGGACCUUCUUCCUUGCUGGCUGUCAGAUGAAUCGCGAUACGCCGGCGGUACUGAGGAGAGCUGCGCCCUGGGAGGCGGUUGAGCUGAAGACGCAUUUUGAGUGGACCGCAUUGCCAUACUUGGCCGGUACUUUGACGAAGAAACGGUAA